AUGAAUGCAGAGCCUCUAGAAGAAAGGAUGAAGUUCAUUCGCAUGAAACAGAUUUGUUUUAAGUGUUGUGCAGACCAGCGUCACCUUGCCAAAAACUGCAAAUCCAAGGUGCAAUGCAGCAUCUGUAAUGCUUAUUCACAUCCCACAGCAUUACACCCCAACUUGAUCCAGGAUGAAGGGGAGUCGAGCGCUUCCAAGGUAUCAACAUCCUGUACACAGAUAUGUGGAACUACCCGUUCCACCAACAGAUCAUGCGCCAAGAUACUGAAGGUUCGUGUACACCCUAUAAACAAACCGGAGGAAGUUCGGAUUGUUUAUGCCAUAGUGGAUGAUCAGAGUAAUCAAACUCUGGCAACUUCUACACUCUUUGACUUUUUCCAUGAAAGAGGCCCAGAACAUAACUACAUUUUAGUGUCAUGUGCCGGGAAGAAACCUGUAUUUGGUCGACAAGGUGUAGGAUAUAUUGUGCAAUCUAUGGACAAGACUUGCUCAUUUGAACUUCCUACCCUUCUGGAAUGUGAUGAAAUUCCAAACAACAGGGAUGAAAUUCCGACCCCCCAGAUAGCACGUCAAUUCACUCAUCUGCAAGAUAUUGCGUCUUGUAUACAACGGAUAGACAACAAAGUGCAGAUAGAACUGUUGAUCGGCAGAGAUCUUUUGGAGGUCCACCACGUGAUGGAACAGAAAAUAGGAAAAGUUUCCUUACCAUUUGCACAGAAGCUUCCACUAGGAUGGGUUAUACUCGGCAGAGUAUGCUUAAAUAACACUCAUGUCUCAGAAGUCGUUAACACAAACAAGACCUUUGUACUCUCAAACGGAAGGCCUACCCUUUUUGAGCCUUGUAAAAAUCAGCUAUUUGUAGUCAGCAGUGUUUUCCAGAAAACAGAACACGACGAAAAACUUGGACCAUCCAUAGACGAUCAAAAGUUCAUUGAAAUUAUGAAUUCUUCCUUCAAGAAAGAUGCAGAUGGGCGAUGGACUGCACCCCUGCCUUUUAAGGAGAAUAGACCCAUUCUACCCAAUAACAAAACUCAAGCCCUUAAACGAGCUCUGAUGUUAGACAACAGCUUUCGACGUAACCCAACGAAGCAUCGUCAUGCUCAAGAUUUCAUGCAGAAAAUCUUUGACCACGGGCAUGCCGAGAUAGCACCACCGAUUUCAAUGGAUUCUGAAUGCUGGUACUUACCAUUGUUUGGGGUAUACCGCCCUAAAAAGCCUGACUCCAUACGUAUGGUCUUCGAUUCUUCGGCCAGGCAUGAGGGAUUAGCAUUGAAUGAUGUUCUGUUCAAGGGGCCAGACCUAACCAACAAUCUCUUAGGAGUUCUUCUGCGGUUCCGCAAGGAUGAGAUAGCCAUCACUGGAGACAUAGAGCAGAUGUUCUAUAAUUUCAAGGUUACAGAGAAAGACAGAGACUUUUUGAGAUUCCUUUGGCACCCUGAUGUGAUCUUGAUACACCGCUCAAGGAAUACAGAAUGA